UUGUCAACACGAAUAAGGUUGCACAUUACGGAAAAUGGUAGAGGUUUUGUUGUUUGAUCAUCUUCUUCUUUGAAGGUUCCAGGAAUAGCUGAUUCACCCUUAUUUCACCCAAUUCAAUUCCACAGGUGAUUCUUUUCUUUUUCUUCCUCAUACAAGUUUGAUAAGCUUCUCCUUCCUUUCUCUUUUUUCUUCCUUGAAACCGAUUUACACGAAAAAUAAUCAGUCAUUUCGUAUCUCUCUCUUUGUAAGAUUUGGUUAUGAACUAUCUUUCAUUUGAUUUACAUUUCAACCUAACACAAGAGUUUUCUGCUUAAUUCUUUAAUGGAGAAUUAUGGGUCUUCUUCUUCGUACCCAUACAAUAAUCCCUACUCUUACCCUUAUCGUCAUCCUUCUCCUCCACCACCAAAUCAUGGCUACCCACCUCCUCCUAGUUCAGAUUCAUACCUCCCCCCUGCCCCAUAUCCAUACGCUUAUGCUCCUUAUGCUUAUCCACCAUCCCCUGCCUAUGCAUCACCACCAUCACAGCAUCAACAACCGCCGUAUCCAACGAGUCAUUCAGGCCCUUUAGACUACUAUCAGCCGCAUUCUGGCCAUCUUCCCCAUCAAUAUCCAUACCCUCCAUCUCCAAUUCCACAUGGCUCUCCUACACCAUCCCUUACACAUCAUGGCAGUUUCAAUUACAGUGUAUCGCAGUAUCCUUAUCAACCUCCACCUAGCCAUGAUAGCUCCCCACAAGGAUCUUCCUUUUCCACUCAUCAAAGGCAUGAAAGUUGCCCUCCUAUGGGAACUGGAUCAUCGAUAAAUCAUGAUAAUCACAGUGAUAUUGCCAAUUCUCACUCUUCUGCAUACCCACCUCUGGAUGAUCUGAUGAGUAAUAUGCAUUUGAAUGAUAACAAUCGCCCUUCUGCCCAUGCUUCCCCGCCAGCACCCUCAGUGCCACCGGUACCCGAUUCCCCUGUUAGUCUUCAGAGUUCUAGUUUUGGGUAUGAUAGACACGGCUUUUAUGGUUAUCCUAAUGACUCAUUUUCAAGUAAUUACGAGGGCGCAUAUCUGGGUCGUAUUGAUUCUUCCGGUCAUUAUUCCACCUCUGUUUAUGCCCAUUCAAGUUCCUUUAGCGAUUCAAAGCAUGGCCAGAGUGCACAGAUUGUGCCUUGGCAGAAUAAUAAAGGAUCUUUGCGUGUUUUGCUUUUACAUGGGAAUUUGGAUAUAUGGGUUUUUGAGGCCAAGAACCUUCCGAACAUGGACAUGUUUCACAAGACACUUGGCGAUGUGUUUACUAAACUACCAGGAAAUAUAGGAAGCAAGAUCGAAGGACAAAUGAGCCGCAAGAUUACCAGCGAUCCAUAUGUUUCAAUUGCAGUAACUGGUGCUGUAAUUGGGAGAACAUACGUGAUUAGCAACAACGAGGAUCCUGUUUGGUUACAGCAUUUUUAUGUUCCUGUUGCUCAUAAUGCUGCUGAAGUGCACUUUGUUGUUAAAGACAGUGAUGUUGUGGGUUCACAAUUGAUAGGAGUUGUUGCUAUUCCAGUUGAACAAAUAUAUUCAGGGGCUAGAGUUGAGGGAGUUUACCCUGUUUUAAAUAACAGUGGCAAACCAUGUAAACCUGGAGCUACAUUGAAAAUUUCAAUUCAGUACACCCCAAUGGAGAAACUGAGCAUUUACCAUCAAGGUGUGGGUGCGGGUCCUGAUUAUCAAGGAGUGCCAGGAACAUAUUUUCCUCUUAGGAAAGGUGGAACUGUGACUCUUUAUCAAGAUGCCCAUGUUCCAGAUGGCUGCCUUCCAAGUUUGAAACUUGAUAACGGGUUCUCUUAUGUCCAUGGGAAGUGUUGGGUCGACAUCUUUGAUGCAAUACGCCAAGCCAGGCGUUUAAUUUACAUUACAGGGUGGUCAGUAUGGCACAAUGUUAGACUGGUUCGAGAUGCUGGUUAUCCAUCGGAUAUCACAUUGGGGGAUCUGCUGAGGUCCAAGUCUCAGGAAGGAGUAAGAGUGCUGCUUCUUGUUUGGGAUGACCCUACUUCAAGGAGUAUCUUGGGAUAUAAAACAGAUGGAAUCAUGGCAACCCAUGAUGAGGAAACCCGCCGUUUUUUCAAACACUCAUCAGUGCAAGUGCUUCUUUGUCCUCGCAUUGCUGGAAAAAGACACAGCUGGGUCAAGCAAAGGGAAGUCGGGACCAUAUAUACGCACCAUCAGAAAACUGUAAUUGUAGAUGCUGAUGCAGGCGGUAAUAGAAGAAAAAUCAUAGCUUUUGUUGGUGGACUUGAUUUAUGUGAUGGACGAUAUGAUACUCCGCAUCAUCCUAUAUUUAGGACAUUGCAAACAGUGCACAAGGACGAUUACCAUAACCCCACUUUCCCAGCCAAUAAUGUUUCUGGUUGCCCUAGAGAACCAUGGCAUGAUUUGCACUGUAGAAUUGACGGCCCAGCAGCGUAUGAUGUCCUAACCAACUUUGAGGAGCGCUGGUUCAAGGCUGCAAAGCCUCAUGGGAUUAAAAAAUUAAAAAUGUCAUAUGAUGAUGCUCUACUCAGGAUUGAAAGAAUUCCAGAUAUCAUAGGAGUUUCUGAUGCUCCUUCUGUUGGUGAAAAUGAUCCUGAAGUUUGGCAUACACAGAUUUUCCGUUCAAUAGAUUCAAAUUCUGUUAAAGGCUUCCCAAAGGACCCCAAAGCCGCUACAAGCAAGAACCUGAUGUGUGGGAAGAAUGUCCUUAUUGACAUGAGCAUACAUACAGCCUAUGUAAAAGCCAUUCGUGCUGCCCAGCAUUUUAUUUAUAUAGAGAAUCAAUAUUUCAUUGGCUCCUCAUUCAACUGGAGUUCAUAUAAAGAUUUAGGUGCUAAUAAUUUAAUUCCGAUGGAAAUUGCUUUGAAGAUUGCUGAUAAAAUCAGAGCAAAUGAGAGAUUCGCUGCCUAUAUAGUUAUUCCAAUGUGGCCGGAGGGUGUUCCAACAGGUGCUGCUACACAAAGGAUUCUAUUUUGGCAGCAUAAAACCAUGCAAAUGAUGUAUGAGACAAUUUAUAAGGCCUUAGUGGAGGUUGGACUUGAGAACAUGUUCUCACCUCAGGAUUAUUUGAACUUCUUCUGUCUUGGUAAUCGUGAGGCCACUGAUGCGUAUGAGACUUCAGGCAUAGAAAGUCCCGCUGCUGCAAACACUCCUCAGGCACUCAGUCGAAAAAGCAGGCGAUUCAUGAUUUAUGUCCAUUCAAAAGGGAUGAUAGUGGAUGAUGAGUAUGUAAUUUUGGGAUCUGCAAAUAUAAACCAGCGUUCAAUGGAGGGCACAAGAGAUACUGAAAUUGCAAUGGGAGCAUAUCAGCCUAAUCAUACCUGGGCAAGAAGACGUUCUAAUCCACAUGGACAGAUAUAUGGAUAUAGGAUGUCACUAUGGGCAGAGCAUGUUGGAACUCUCGAGGACUGCUUCACCCAACCAGAGAGUAUUGAAUGUGUUAGAAGAAUUAGGACACUGGGGGAGAUGAAUUGGAGACAAUAUGUAGCUGACGAGGUUACAGAGAUGAGGGGACACCUACUACAAUACCCAGUUGAAGUUGAUAGAAAGGGUAAGGUGAGGCCUCUUCCUGGAUGCGAAACUUUCCCUGAUGUUGGCGGAAAUAUUGUGGGUUCAUUUCUUGCCAUUCAAGAGAAUCUAACAAUCUAAGUAGAAGUGUUGCAUGCGGCAGCAGACACUCUUUUCUCUCGGCAUUGACAUUUGUAUCAUUCACACACCCCUUGAGUUUAUUGAUUGUUAAUUCACUGUAAAUCUUCAGAGAGUAAUUAUUAUGAUGUGUUGAAGGACCUGUGAAGAUGACAUAGUCCUUGUACAUUCCUGUAGAUAUAAUAAUAAAAUAAAAUUAAAAAAAAAAAACAUCUUUUUACCUACA